UUUCUUUAGGUUGGUUAUAUGUGAACUUCAUUCGAUUCUCUUCUGUCAUUGGUCAGAGCAGAACCCACGAGCGGCAGCGGCCAACGGCCAACUCUGUCCAACUUGUAGAUCGUGCGUGGUGCGUGUUCGAAGUUCGAUUGUUCGUGUCGAGAGAGAAUUGUGGUUAGUUAUUUUAUUGGUUUUAAAAUUGCAGAGUUGUAAUAAGUUAAAUGUGCGUACUGAAAGAACCGAAAGUAUGUUUGCAAAGGUAGUGUUCAAAGACAACGAGGAGGCGGUGGUCCCGGUGGACUACAUUAAAGACUUCGAUGCGCAGAAAGUGGUGCCGGGUGAUGAAUGUCCGGUUUUUUGGAGCCUAAAAGGCAAGCUCACGCCGAAAGAUGUAUUGAAAAAACAAGGUGUCAUUCAUCGGAUUGAUCAGUUGAAGAAACAGACCGAUAAGCACGGGAAUCCUCUGCCGGGAUAUUAUGAUGCAGAAAUAAAAAUGCUCGCUGAUUCAAUAGAUGAGCUCAGUAAACAGCCGACCCGAGUGAAAAAAGCUUCGGCAAAAGCUGCCCAGCUGAUGAAAGAUAAGGAGGAGAAGGAGAAGAUAAAGCACAAGCCCAAGAAGACAGGUGAGAGUAGCAAGUCUAAAUUCAAGAAACCAGAAGAAAAUCCCAAGAACAUUGAUCAACUCCUUUCGGAUUCGUCGGAAGAUGUUGUCGAGCCAGUAGCGGGGUACAAGAAGAGAAUUGAAAGUCUGGAAAGAGAAUUGAAAAGUUUGAGGAAACGGAAGGAAAACAUCGAAGAGGAAAGAGAUGUGCUCAGAAAUGAAGUGGAACAGCUGAAGGAAAAGAUGGACAAAGUUAGAGGGGAGAAUGAAGAUCUGCGGCAACUGAACUUAGAGCUGCAGAAGAGGGUAUUGUUGAAAGGAAGUGAUACAUCCCCUGGAUUCUCUAGAUAUCAAAAAAGUCCUGGAUCCAUCAAAAAGAGAUUAUUUGAUCAUGCCUCACCAGCGCCCUCAAUUUCCGGCAAUUUGUGGGAGGAACGAGAAACAGAUACUGCCACUCCAACAAAGAAGAUGAAAGUUUCGGACAGAAAUGAAAAAAUGAAGAAGACACCUUCACCUCUCAAAGCACGAUCUCAGUCAGUGCCAGGAAGAAGUACAACAGACCUGUCUCAUGUCGGAAAAGUAACACCCCGACGCUCUAAGUCAGUCGAUGACAAGCAUCAUGCCGCCACGAUGAGCUCAAAAGACGCCACUCCUCCUUCCCUAACCGGUGAAGAGCAGAUGUCCACUCCACCGUCUGCGAUGAAACGCUCUCAAAGCCCCUCCACCUCACCAUCAAGACAAUCUCCAAGGCAUGCAAUUUCUCUGGAUGCCGCAACCAUGAGAAUGUGUUUGCAUGGAGUCAGAGAUGGUGCAGGCGGAGAUGCUAUGUACGCAAAGAACCUGGCCCUAGCGCUAUACGGCGAGGAAGAGCUGAUGCAUUCAUCAGUAACAGGAACAGCAUCCAAAAGGUUUAAAACGGAAGCAAAACCAAAACUAGAAAGGAGAAAAUGGGAGCUUCUGAAAAGUCUCUAUGAAAAAAGGGUGAAAAGCUCUAUAAUAGACGGAGAUCCAGAUGAAAAGGUGCGAAUCAACAGGCUAAACACGUAUAUUGCGGACAAAAUCCAAAAGUUGUCCCAGAGAGCCAAAAGGAAAUCAUAAAUUUGUCAACUGUCUGUAAAUAGUCUUCUAUCUUAUUAAUUUCAAUGUUUUGUUUUUUGUGUAAAUAUAUUGAUUCUUUAAAUUUAA